AUGACCAAGGGAAUGGGACCCAGGUCUCACUGCAUGGGCCUCUGUGGCAGGAAACCGCAACAGAUCACCCCCAAAGAGGACGCAGACGCACCGAAGAAGGUCUUAAAGUCAGCCCUGUUGGCCAGAGUGAAUGGUUGGUCCCUGCCGCUCAACAUGUUGCAGGCUGUGGCCUGGACCACAUUCCUGGUCCUGACCUUCACCAGCUUUGCCAUCUUCAUUCCCCUGCUGCCCAGUUUCUACAGAUACCUGGCCUACAGUGUAUCCUUAGUGAUCUGGCUGGCCAGUGUGCUCUUCUUGUUCCACUUUGUGGUCCACAUGAUCGCCGUGUCCACCGACCCCGCGGAGCUCAACGUGCGGAUGAAGAACUACAACAGGCCCAUGCCCCUCUUCGACAGGACCAAGCAUGAGCACGUCAUUCAGAGCCAGUACUGCCACCUGUGCGAGGUCACCGUGACCCCCAAAGCCAAGCACUGCAGUGCCUGCAACAAGUGCAUCACCAACUUCGACCACCACUGCAAGUGGCUCAAUAACUGCGUGGGCAGCAGGAACUACUGGGUUUUUUUCAGUUCCGUGGCUUCUGCAGUGGCCGGGCUGGUCUUCCUGACGAUGAUCCUCCUCUACGUCUUCAUCCAGUACCUCAUGGACCAGGAGCAGCUACGGAGUGACCCCCACUUCCGAAACAUCGAAGACAAGGAAACGUGGCUGCUCUUCCUGCCCUUCUUCCCCGUGCAGACCAAGGCGCCCGUGCUCCUCCUCAUCGGGGUGGUGGCGCUGAUGCUCGACCUCGUGAGCCUCCUGCUCCUGGGCCACCUGCUGUUCUUCCACUUCUACCUCCUAGUCAGAAGGUUGAGCACCUUUGAUUACAUGACUCGAGGACGACAACCGACUCGGAAAAACUCGGACAAGAAGGCAGAGGCAUCCAUCCAAAUUAUUACUUCAUGCAUCGAAUGA